AUGCUCCGAGCCGUUUUCAUCUUGCUAUUCUCGUUCCUCUUCCUCCCCCUUGUGUGCGUCGAGGCGAGGUUGGAGCGGCGCCAUGGACAGGGUCGGGAGUAUCAUCAUCGGCAUGCACGGAGAAGUGAUUUACUGGCGUCUGGGGGUAGUGGUCCCGCUCCGACUGCGAACGUGGAUUCGGAUGGAAAUAGGACAGGGAAUGCGACGCUAUGGCCGGGCGACGAUACUUCCCAACUCGUGAAGCGCGAUGGGACCAAGUAUGUGUUCAUGCACCAUAUCGUUGGGAACACCUACCCCUACACCCCCACCGACUGGGAAAAGGACCUCCUCCAAAUCCACGCCAAAGGCAUCGACGCCAUCGCCCUCAACAUCGGCUCCUCGCCGUGGCAGCUGCACCAACUCCACACCGCCUACACCGUGGCCAGCUCCCUCAGCUCCCGUCUACACCUAAACCCACCUCUCCACCUAUUCCUCUCGUUCGAUUUUACGGAGAUGGAGUGUGAUGUUGGGUUUGUGGUGCGGUAUACGAAUAUGUUUAAGAGUUAUCCGGUGCAGUUUAGGGUGGGAGGGCCUGGGGGGAGGGCGAUGGUUAGUAGUUAUGGAGGGGGGUGUUUGGGGAAUGAGGGUUGGAGGAGGGUGAAAGCGGAGACUGGGGCGUUUGUGAUGCCGUUCGUUUGGGGGAUUGAAGGGCAGUUUAAGCAGUGGGAUAGUUUGGAUAGUUGGUAUUGUUGGGGGUGUGCGUGGCCGCAGGGGAAUUGGGAUAAGAGUGUGUCGGAUGAUGAGUAUUAUUUUUCGCAGUUGGGAAGUCGGUAUGCGACGACUGUUAGUAUGUGGAUGUUCACGCAUCUGCCAUCCAAAAACUUUUACCUCCGAGGCGACAACUGGUUGAUUAACAACCGGUGGGAGCAGUUGGUGGGUAUGAGAGAUCGGUUGACGUUUAUUGAGAUGUUGACUUGGAACGAUUAUGGUGAAUCGGAUUAUUUUGGUCCGAUUCGAGGUGCCCAACCGGCUGGCACGUAUUGGGCGGAUGGGUUCCCUCAUACGGCUUGGUUUGAUAUGUCGGAGUAUUAUAUCAAGGCGUUUAAGACGGGUGUUUAUCCUGCUAUUACUAAAGAUGUCGUUUAUUAUUGGUCGAGGCCUCACCCCGCACGGGCGGAUGCGACACGACCUGUACUCAGCAAACCGAGUGGAUGGGAUUGGGCCGAGGACUUUCUCUGGGCAGCGGUCUUCGCCACCCACCCAGCCACAGUCACACUCCGACUCGGCUCCUCGUCUGGGACGUUCCAAGUCCCGUCGGGUGUGAGCAAGCUCAAGAUUCCUACUGCGCCUGGGAGGAUUAGUGUGAAGAUGGAGAGGGGAGGUGUUGUUUUGGUUGAUAAGACGGAUGGGGGGUUUGAGUUUGUUGAGAGGCCUGCGCGGUAUAAUUAUAAUGCGUAUGUUGGGGCUGCUACUGCUACUACGACGGGCCCAACACCCACCACCACUACCUCAUCUCUUCCCGCGCCCUCGAGUACGACCAUCGACGGUGUAACCUGGAAAUAUGAAGGGUGCUACCACGAUAACAGUGCAUCUCGGACACUACCCGACGGUUUAUUCAUCAGCGACUCGAAGGGGAAUACGAGGGAGGGGUGUUUGAGGUUGUGUAGUAGGGGCGGGUAUAGGUAUGGUGGUGUUGAGUAUGGGAUGGAGUGUUUUUGUAGUCGUGGUAUGAGGGAGGGUGUGAGGAGGGCUGAGGGGGAGGGGGAGUGUGGGGUUAGGUGUAGUGGGGAUGCUAGCCAGAUGUGUGGAGCGGCGGGUCGGAUUAACGUUUUCUCCCGUCCGUCUUUGACUACACCAGGUUUUCCUCCUGCGGCUACCACUACCACCACUGUGAACGCACCCUUUCCUCCUGCAAGCACCACUGUGAGUGGUAAGACGUGGAGAUAUGUGGGGUGUUACACUGAUACGACGGGUGCGCGGACGUUGUGGGAUGGAGGGUAUUUUGUGGAUGGGGUUGGGAAUUCUGUGAGGGGGUGUUUGGAACGGUGUGGGCGGUUGGGGUGGGGGUAUGGGGGUGUUGAGUAUGGGCAGGUGCGUGGUCUCGCCUUGAGUUUUAAGUUCUUGCUCGAGAGUCGAUUCGAUUCGAUGUUUUUCUUCCUCGAGAAUCCAUUCGACUUGAUGGUUCUUCCUCGAGAGUCGAUUUAA